CGGACAGGGUCUUUCGCGCGUCGUCCUCCGGAAACCGCCUUCUCCCAUCGCUUCAUCCCCCGCUUUCACCUGGAACGCUGCCCCCUUCCCCGGAGUGUGUGUCGGUCGUGUGUCGCGUGUCUCCGUGUGUGUGUUGUGGUCGCUGGAGUCCCCGCUUCCCAGACGUCAUCGAGUCCGCUCAACUUUCGCUGCUGGCGAAGACUCGAGUCUCUAUUCACUCAACUCGGCGGACAUUAAGAUUUCAGUUGGUGGAACUCAAACCGCGCCUCGCGUGGAGAAAGGGACAGGGUUCGCAACAACUUCGCAUCCAGUUCAUCCCUUUGAUGUCAAGUCGCGGGAACUAACUCCAGAGGGCCAGAGGCGGCUUAUCAGAACUCCGCGAUUUUUGAAUAAUGUAUGGACGAGUUUAAACUAUCACGAGUAAGGAGUUAGACGAGUGUAUCAGGGUCUUGAGUGUAGGAGCAAAGAAGGCCAGAAAAGCAGUUCGGUUGGUUUUUUUAUUAAGUUAUUUCUCUCUCCAUCCCAAGUUAUAAAAUUUCCUGCAUAAUUGGAAGAGUCCCUGCAUCCUCUUAAGAGGUGUUUAGCAAUAAUUUCAAAUACUGCUUAUCAAAAUUUCCCAUUAGAAACGCAAAAUGAGCUUCAUCUCCUAAAUGCAUCACCUAUGAUUUGUUAAAAAAGAAAAAAAAGAAAGAAUCCUCGGGUGACGUACGCUGAUCCACAAUGAAUCCAAUCCCGUGUCCCUCAACUUUUAGUUGAGACCUGGUCACCUAACGCAAAAAUUUCCCACAUGCUUUCCCAAUACCCGCGCUUUCCUACCUUCAAAUUUUCAAAAUCUCCAAUUUGCAUUUCCAUAAACAACCUUUGCCAUUAUCCCAACGUUUCCGCGUCCGUUGGCGGAUUUUAAGGGCCUCCCGAGUUUAAACUCGCCUCGUCAAUCCAUUCUAAAAACAAUAAUUUAUUUCUCAAAAUAAAAAUUGUAAGAUUAGUGCAUCGUCGUGAUUAAAAAUAUCCUCUCUCGGCAUCAUUAAAUGCAGAAGUGUGCGCGAUUAUUUCUUUAAGAAACCGUAAACGAACUCGUUGAAUUGUUGCCAUAGAAAGAAACAAUCGUCGAAAAGUUAAUCGUUGAAAAGAGGUGUUUUCUGUGAAAAUCCGGAUUUCGAGCGUGGCAACCGCGACCCCUGGCGUAAAAAUUGGGGUUUUGGGGGCGCGGGCGUGGGGUCGGCGAGGGGGGAUGCUGGGCGCGGGGGGUAAUCUGUCCGGAUUCGACCCGUGCUAGCGGAGAGUGCGGUGGAGCAGACGAGGAUCUCAUCAGGCCGUCAUCGGAAAUGGAUCUGUUUGCCUCUGAGACUCCGAGGACAAGCAUUCCUGCGCCCUAAAUAGCGAUGCCAAUGGCGUGAUGGAGGAUUCGUCCACCAGCAGCGCCACCAGCGGUCCCUCUGAUGAGCCUUCGACCACCGAACGCCUGAACUCGACGACAGAGCGGGUUCUUUCGGAGAGAGAACUCAUCCGCCUCGAAUUCUACCGCACUUAUGACGUCAUGACUGGGGUGCGGAUAGCGGCGACGUUGGGGGGGUUCUUCGGGCUGAUGGUGCUGCUGGUGUUGUACAAGAGCCGCUGCAAAGGCCGGAGCGAGUCGGACGAGCACCUGGAGGCGGCCAUCACGGCCGUCGUCGAGGACGAGAAGGUGGAGGACGACGAUGACGUCAUGGCCGCCCUCACCAUGAGCGGCGUCAACUUCUACGGGCCGCGACGAUCCCUCGGGAACAUGAGCGCCCCGCCCUACAUGCGCUUCGCAUCCUUCGCCGGUGGUACUGCGAUGAUGCAACCACCAACAUCUAAAUCUGGGCUUAGGGGUAGAGCAAGCCUGCCCGUCUCUGAUAUCCGUUACCACAUGUACAGUUCACGAGCAUCUCCCACUGAUGAGCGGAAUGUUAUGGCAGAACCUCCCGUCAAAGUUCACAAGGAGGUGGAGGAAGAGGAGGACUCGUUCGAGGAGGGAGGGGGCCACUUCCUCCGAGUCCCGGGCUCCUCGCGACGCUUGAGUUCCAUCACCUGCUCCAGUUCGGACGCCUCCUACUUGUACCUGGAGCGGCGGACCUCCGCCCUCGAGAUGGGCUUCCCGCCCAGGCCCUCCAUCUGCAAGACCGACAAGGCGCUUUCCGAGGCACCGUGGGAUUUCUACUAUCCGAUUGAUAUCCAAGUGAUCCAGCCGACCCCAGAGAUGACACCGGCCGGAAGCGAAGCGAACCUGCACUUGCGGCCCGAGGACCGGAGCAAAGCGACUCUCUCGGUGCCCGGACAAGCACCACUAGCGUCGAUGACGAGCUCGGGUCUCUCCACGGAGGCGGAGGGCACCUCGCUCACCGUCUCCGACACGGUCUUCAUCGACGAGGACCCGGAGAUCGACACGGAGGACGAGAUCGAGGACGAACUCAGCACCGACAGCGAGGCCGACCAACACUACACCCAGGUCGACAAGGACUGCCUGGCCGCCACCCAGAGGCACCCCUCCCAGAACCCCUUCGCCGACCCCGCCCCCGCCGAACCGGACGUCGUCCUCGCCCUGAAAACCGGUUCCCGCCAAUACUCGCCCAAGCCGAGUCGCCGCUUCUCCGCGCCCGCAGACCGGAAGUUGCCCACCGGCACCGGAACCGGAAACCCUCGACUUGUCCCGUUCUCAUCGACGGGGGACGACGACGAGCAGUUCCCGGCGUGCAGCAAGACCGUCCUCGGGCUCACGCAGAUAACGAGACUCGAGCUGCCGCUACCGGAAGUCCAUCGACCGGAAAUCAGCGCCGAUCCGGAAGCGAUACCGAUGACGCAGUUGGGCAGGGUGGAAACCAGGUGUCAGUUGGAGGUAGACAAACCGAGGAAUAAGUUAGAUACUGCCGCGACCUUAAGAUCAAGACAAAAGCGUUUGGAUGAGCCGGAGAUGGCCCGAGCUUCGACGUCGCGACAGCAUUCGCUCGGGACCGACAGGUCAGGCACGGUAGAGGACAUACCACUCCAGGAAAUGAAAUCAGAAUGCUUCCAGUCUGAAAGGCGUGUGUCGGUUCCAAGGACGUUAGUGAAGGAAGAGAAUGAAUUCCUCCGACGUCGGAGAGAGACGAGAUCUCCGGAGUCAGUGCGGAAAGUGGAGAAGGUGGUGGUCGAAGUGCAUGUCGCGGAAGUUAAGUCGGAAGUAGAUUCUGGUUCCCGCGUCUCGUCGUCGAGUGCGCAAGCUCCGAGCUUUUCAGUGUCGGGGACGCAGUCGGAGGACUCUGUGACGUCAUCGCGAGGAGUCGUGACGUCGGUGGAUUCCGUGACGUCACGGAAGGUGGCCGGCAGCGAGAGUUGCUCAAUUAGUGGCGCCGAGCGCUACACUGUACCUGGCUCAACGUUCUCGAAAUCCCUGGAGAGGCUCCAGCCUAGCGGGGACGCGCCUGCGGACAGGGACGCCAACCAAACAGGGUUAAACAAAACAGGGUUCUUAAUGUCGACGAGUCACUCGUGUGAUCAUCUAGUUCAAAAUGUUCAGGAAGUCCGAUUAGAUGUUAAUAAGUCCUUGCCCUCCCUCCCAUCCACUAAAUCUCAAGAGACCCUUUUUUGAACACUGGAGUCGUCCCUAGAGCCCCUUUAUACUGAGAGUAGAGACAAUGCGAAUUCACUUCUGACUGGAUCCCGUAUUUCAGGCCUUCACAGUGUCACAAACGGGAAUAAAGAAUAGGUACAGUUUCACAGAUUGCAAAGAUUAUACACUGGAAUCGACCGGAGAAUAGGAGGUACGGCAAGGAACAAAUGAAAUGAGAGAAGGCACGGAGACAGGAACUUGGGAAUGGGUUAAUCAAAGAUUACAGCAAAAGUCCAAUUUGUGUAAUCUUUAUUCCCGUUUGUGACAUCCACAAGUCGCGUUCUCUCAACUCUCUCUAAAAAGGGACUAUAGUCGCCCCCGGCGGUUAUUAGGUCGGAUGCGUAUUCGUUCUACUAAAGAGAUGGUCGAGAGUACCUUAAAAGGGAGAGUAUAAACACUGGAGAUUACAUUGUUGAUUGACCUAGCCAUUUUAGACCACAUUAAACUCAUAGGCCAAAAUAAAAUAGCGAGCGUUGCAAGUAAUCGAUUCAAAAGUGCAAAAAUUAUGUUUUAGUUUUUUGUAAUAUAACCAUAAAAUUUACUCGAAUUCCUCAGUUAGGGAAAUGUAUUUUUUUUUAACCAACCCACCCCCGCUGCUUUUACCCAUGUCACUUAAAAUUCGCCGCCAUUUUUAUUUUAUUUGUUUUUUUCCGUCUUAAAGGACUUCACGAGACCCAGCGUCAUACUCUCUCUUCAGAGGUAUUCGAGGUGCUGGGGUCCAGAUGUAGGUGAAAUAUUAUUUUUUACUUUGUGAUUCUGUAAGAAAAGUUCUAGCCCGAGGAAGUUGUACAUUGGUACAAUCACAUUUUCAUCUUGGAUUAGCAUUCAAUUAAACAAAUCCUUGACAUCCUGGGUUACCUUACAAGUCAUACCCGUGCAAAAGAUAGGAUAUUUAUUUUCAAUUACCCCAAUCAAAAAAGAGGUCAGUACACCAGGCUAGUUUUUAUUCUCUUCUUUCCUUUUAAAGAAAUGUGUAUUAAUGUUCAGACUGUUAUUGAAUAUGACAGACUACAGAUGAUAUGAAAAAAUGUCUCUAUUAAUGUUUUUGUGUUCCAUUAUUCAAGAAAAAAUGAUGAAAGUUGAAUAUGAAUACACAUAACACCCACAUGCAGGCCGCUUCUAAUCGAAAAACGCUGAAAGAAAUUGAUUCAGAAAAAAAUUUAAAAAAGAACUGCUGACUAAAAGUCAAAAGUGUGCCUCGAGCAGUGCUACAGAAUGCGGAAUUUCAGUUUUAAUAUCAGUUUAUUUUUAUUUACUCUGGACUGGAGGUGAAUUUCAGUUGGUUUCUCUCAAAAAAUGGCCAAAAAGAGUUAGGUCGUGAAACUAGCCACACUACCAAAUUUUAUAGGUUUAAAACAAAUCGCCUGGUUGGGUCCCAAGCCCUUUACUGAGAUAAUUCGUAUGAAUGAUUGGGUAGGGUUUGCCCUUAUCAAAUUAAGGUGCAAUAAACCAAGUGUGAAUGAAGAGGAAAGAUUUUAAACAGUAUAAUAUUCUUUUUCUUCUCUCUUGUUAUCGGAUUUUCUCUAUUACAAUAUGCUCAUUAAAUAAAUGAAAAUGCCAGUUGAAUAAAUAAUAAAAUAUGAAUGAGUAAAGUGCAUUAGUUAGAAUGAUCAUGUAAGAAAACGAUGAAAUCCCACGGGAAAAAGUAUAAUGAUUUCAACUAAACUCCUGGCUGUUGUGGCUCCCUCUGGCGGCUGCAACCACAAUUCUGUCUGUUGCCAAAAUUAACCAGGAAUCUAAUUGAAAAAAAUUAUCAUCCUUUUUUUUUCACGUGACUUAGCGAUUUAGCGUGUGGAAACUGCGUAAAAUUAGUAACUAUUACAUAGCGAGAAUGUGAAAAUGUUCUGAUUUUCUCCCAAUUUUCAAAGAUACUCCUUUAUAAGUGAAACAGGAAUUUUCUAACUCAAUUACAGGAUCUGGUUCCUUAGAAACACAUUGUGUCAUGCGCAGCUGAUAUGCGAUUGCUGAUUAUUCUGGAGCUGAAAUACCUAUGCCUGAUGAACAGCCUUCAUUUUGUUGUGAUACAAUUUCAUUGCCUCAGAGUUAAAAUAGUUAUCGCCGCAAAAUGGUAGGCGACUUUUAUCACGAAGCACCAGAAUAAUAAAAUCGCGCCACUGAUUGCAUCGGGACGUGCGAGAACCGCUAAUGUCCGUUUUUCAGUCUUAAUUUUAUUUGAGUUCAUAAUACUUUUCGGAGUUCGCUGCAAUCACGAGAGUGGUUUCGAAACUUGUCUCCGGGUUUUCUUAAUCCCAAAACGAGUCCUUCCAUCACUUUCAUGGUUGUAUCAACUCUUUGAAAAUGUUAUGAUCUCAAAAAAACUCAAGACUGGGAAAAUGGAAUUAGCUGUUUUCGCAAGUCCCGAUUCAAUUAGGGAUGACGACAAGGCAAAUCAAUUUUUAAUAAAAUAAUCGAAAUUUUUUAAAAACAGUAAAAGUUUUAAGGCAAAUCAAGCUGUUCGUUCUGGUAGAUGACACUUUAUACAAUUUACUUGUACAUCAUUGAUACUUAAAAUAUUUAUGCGCUUAGGUAUUUUUUCAUACGAACAUCAUUUAACAGUUAUUGGGAGUUUGAAUUAACUCGCCUGAAUCGUGCCAUUAGUUAGGUUUAUAAUGAAAAAAGCAAGCUAACAUCUCAGAAUCAAGUCGAUCACUUUUCUAUCUAUCUGAAGCUCAUUAAUUACAAAAUAAUUUAUACUUUUUACUCUCAGAACUUUUUGUUCGCAGAGGGCACCUUUAAUUAACGUUGCUUUUUUUUUUUUUUUUUUGAGAUUUAAGAAAUGUUUGAUCUCCACCUGCUCCUAAGUUAAAUGAACAAUCAUGUAUGUGUAUCAAAAAAUGAGAUGAAGAUAGUAUUUUUUGUCACUAUUUCUCUAUCUCUCCCCCCCCCCCCCAUUCCCUCUUUCCUGUAAGCGUGUGAAAGAAAAAAGCCUUAUGUUUAUUUGCAAUAAAAGUUGAUUUAGUAUGACUUCGUUACCUAAAUUAUGUUUCAUCACGCCGUCGAUACAGCUCAUAUAAACUGAGGAUUAAAGUUACAAUCAUUUUAUUUUGAGUCAAUUAUUUGCUUCUUAAAAUAAUUCAUGUCACCUAUAAACGUCUGAGUCGCUCUUCCCGUCAUAUAACCUCAUAGUUUUUCAUUGAUAAGAAACUCCGGACAAAUUGUCAAGUAAAAUUCGGGUAUAUUCAUUAGUUGUUAGGGCCAUUUACUUCAUCUUUUUAGUUGUGUAUGCGUUCAUUCAAAUCGCAGAACACUCUGUCUAAAACUCGGGGUUGUCAAAGUAAAUUCCAAUUUUGGAGGAUAAAAAAGAAAGACUCAACAUUUUAACACAGUAUUUUAGUACACAGUUCUUGACCGAUUUAAGUUGAAUGAUAGACUAAAAAUGUACAUACAAAUAUAUGUAGAGCAAAUACAUGUGACCGGGGUAAGUUCCGUAGUUUUGAAUCCUCUGGCACUAUUGACUUAUUUGAUGACCAUGAACUUGUAAGACUAGAUAAUUUUCCAGUGAAUCAAUUUUUACCUAUAAUUGUUAAUGUUGUUGAUAUUUUUGUUAUACAUAUUUUAUCUCUCUGUUUUUACUUUUAUACACAUUUCUCAAGCGGAUAAUAGCUUUGGUCAGAGAUGGUUAAAAAAGUAAUUGAGAUUUACAGUAUAUUCGGUAUUUCGGUAUAAUUUUACAAUUUUUUGCUUAUGAUUAGGAGCUUGCCGGUAGAGAGGUUAGAAAUGUGUUUCCAGUGGUAAUAUAUAACCUUCGAAAAAAACGAAAAGAUGUUGCUACAAUCCCGAGCCUAUCGAGUUGUUACAAUCACACUGUUCAUUUGUGAUUUUUUUUUAAGAACGAUUUUCGCGCUUAAAAUGUAAAGGGCAUGGCUCUUAAGGAUAUUGUACAGGAUUUUUUACCCAUAGAAAAAAGCUCUCAAAUUUUUACACCGGUGUAAGCCUUUUAAUUAAAUUGUAUUAAAAAGUUUUAGUAAUAGCAGGUAGAAUGCUCUCAUACUGUCAUUCAUUUAUUUUGUUUCUGAUUGAAGCUACAAUCCUUAGGGAAUUCAUCGUAAAUCUCUGCAUCACCUUGAAUUAAUUUUGUUACACGUCAAUGUCAAUAUGUACCUAUUCUUAGUUAAUUAACAUAAAUUAUUACACGUGUCAUUUUCGAGUGCCAAUCCGUUUCAUAAACCCAGGUGAGAGGGCUUCUGAGCCCAAUCGA